CAAAAAACAGAAAAACUGAUGAAUUGUCCACUUUGCGCUGCAGCCUGCCAUCCUACUCUGAAGAGCCGAUUGGCGAUUGCCGUGCAUGAGCAGAAGCCAUGGCAGCAUUGCUGAAAUCUGAUCCAGCGAUCUAUGGGGCCCUUAUUCUGAUCCUUGUCUUCGGUGCUGUGAUUGGGCCUGUGAAUGCCCAAUUUCCAGUCCCUCGGCGGUACGAUGGCUUCCUCUAUGGGAAGGGGGGCAAUGAUGCAAUUGUGAUCGAGGCUUUUCUGGACAUCAUGUGUCCCAGCUGCCGCGCCUCUUGGCCCGUUCUGAAGAACGUUUCAACGUACUAUGGGGACGACAAGGUCGACAUCAUCAUCCAUCCUUUCUCCAACCCCUUCCACCACUACUCCUUCCACGCCGCGCGCGGCAUGCACGCUGUAGCCGCCCUCAACUCGUCGCUCCCGAUCGCGUGGAUGGAGGCCGUAUUCGAGCGUCAGGAGCGGUUCGACAACAACGCGACGGCGCUCGAAACGCCCGCUUCGACCCUCGAACGCUUCUCCGACAUCGCGCCAAAGAUCGGCCUCUCGGGGACUUCGUUUCUGCAUGCGUUCGACAGGGAGGAUGUCGACCUUGCAGCGCGUGUCUCAUUCAAGUACGGUUGCGCUCGGAGCGUCGUGUGGACUCCGACCCAUCUCGUUAACGGCGCUCCUCUUGGAGCCACCAACAACUGGGACCUAGACGCCUGGAAGCGGCUGCUAGAUCCGCUUUUUGCAAAGGACUCAAAACGCGCGCGCGCGUCUGUGGCAAUCGUGUAAGACAGCGGCGGCUUAGUAUAGUGCGAUCUGAGGAGCUGGCGACUGCGAGUGUAAACGGUGAAACUCGGUUAAGGCUUAGAGGUUAGCUAGAUUUGGCGGACUCUACUGUACAACUGGCAAGCGGGCAAGGGGUUGACCAUUGCCGCUGGAGCAACCGUUGCACGAAAACCUGACGAGCUAACAACCUUCCUUGUCGGAUAUACCAGACUAGGGGCCGCUUUUGCAACAUGAUACAACCCUAGCCAUUGCAAGUCGAUCUUGAGAGCUUUUCCUUAGGGGUCACACGAACUGCUAAAGUUUGCAAGGAGACAUUUUCGGGUAGUUGCUAAUCAGGUCGGUUUGUCGACCCGCUUUUAGGUUUGUUGGGCGUACAGAGUGUAAAUACCAAGUUGCUGAAGAGAAUUGUACAGCUGUUAAAGCCUUCUGUGCCGCGGUGCAUCGGGCCGUUCUUUUGGACUUUUGAGCGUAGUUUUGUCUGGAUUGUGAUGAACUUGACAUGUCAGGUAUGGUGAGGAUGCGGCGAGAUUUGAGGUCCGGUAGGUCCGAAUGGUCCGGUAGGUCGGUGGGUACGAACGGUCCGACCAUGGGACAAGGGACCACACGGUUGAUUUGUUAUUCUAGCUGCAGGUUCUCUAGCUCGGGCCUUUCCAUGGACCUUGAGUUCGGACGGUCAAGGAGACAUUUGAUUGAACUUAUCAAACGUGCCAGACCAAAGCGGCGCGAUGAGUCUUCGG